AUGACGGACAGUGACAAGGAGUCAGUCAAGUCCGGCAACGGCGGUUCCAAGGCGAACAAGAACGGCGACAAGGUGAAGAAGGGCGGCAAGUCAGCGACUAGUGGUGGCGGAACGGGUGGCGCCAACGUACUGGUACACCGCAACAUCCCCAUCCAGUACCCGAUGCUCACCGACGCCAACUACGGCAUGUGGGCGGUCAAGAUGAAGAUUAUUCUCCGAACCCUUCGAGUGUGGGAGGCCAUCACGGACGAAGACGUCGACGAGGAGUGCGACGAAGCAAGAGAGGCGUGGAACGCACUCAAAGAGAUGAGGAUUGGAGAAGAUCGCGUCACGAAGGCUCGGGCACAAGUGCUGAAGCGCCAAUUUCACAUGUUGCAAAUGGAGGAAACUGAAUCGGUGAACGACUGUGCCAUGCAUCUGAAUACUUUGGAGGGAGAGAUCCGCGCGCUUGGUGCAAAGAUCGAGGAAGCCGAGAUUGUGGAGAAGUUUUUUAGCUCGGUAAAUGAUAAAUUCACGUACAUUAUCGGCACGCUCGAGCAGCUUUACGACAUCAACGACAUGACCAUAACGGAGGGGAUCGGACGCUUGCGGACGUGGGAAGAGAAUGAUCGUGGCUGUCGAAAAGGCAACGGAGGAGGUAGUGACCAACUCAUGUACGCGCGUGCAGAUUGGGAUUCCCCAAGUAGGAAAGGAAGGCGCAACGUUGGUGAAGGCUCAAGCAACGCGAAGCGCGGCGGACAAACCGAAGAAGGCAAAGGAAAAGGCAAGCCACAAGGUCGUGGUAAGGCGGACCGAUCUAAAGAGCGGAAGCCACGGAACUUGGAUAUGUCCGAGGUCAAGUGCUAUAACUGCAAGGGUCACUUUGCAAAGGAUUGUCCGGAGCCUAACUAG